GGUGGGAGUUUGGUGGCCCAGUGGGGGUUUUUAUGAUGAUGACCGGAUUUCCCGUGUUGAUGUGGUAUAUGUGGAUCAGUGCCGAGUUCUACUUUGGCGCUCCGGCCUGGCCAACCGCCGAUGAGACAUUCCCUGAGUGGUUUGCGCACAUGUUCAAACUCUUUGUGGACCACGGGAUUCCGACCUUCCGCGCGUGGCGCAUCUUCCUCACCUUUUUCUUUGUCCAAAUGGCAUUCUAUUACGUUUUGCCAGGCAUCUGGACCAAGGGCCAGCCGUUGAAGCACUUGAAUAACAGGCAAUUGCCGUACUACUGCAACGCCGUGUGGUCCUUCUACAUAUCGAUUGCAAUUGCAGUGGUGCUCCAUUGCACCGGGAUCUUUAAGCUUUACACAAUCAUCGAGCUUUUUGGCGAGAUCAUGACCUGUGCCAUCAUCUGCGGCGUUACCUUUGCCAUUGGCUUGUACCUUGUCUGUGUGUACAUCACGGGGGACUGCCACAGAAUGAGCGGGAACAUGGUGUACGACAUCUUCAUGGGUGCGCCGUUGAACCCACGCCUCGGAAUGCUCGACUUGAAGAUGUUCUUCGAGGUCCGUCUUCCGUGGUUCACCCUAUUCUUCUUGAGUGCCGCCACCGCCGCCAUGCAAUUGGAGAAGUACGGCUACGUGUCUCCUCAGGUCUGCCACGUCUUGUUGGCCCACUGGUUGUACGCUAACGCGUGUGCUAAGGGCGAGGAGUUGAUUGUUCCAACCUGGGACAUGGCCUACGAGAAGUUUGGCUUCAUGUUGAUCUUCUGGAACAUUGCUGGUGUGCCAUACACCUACUGCCACUGCACCUUGUUCUUGGCUUAUCACGACCCGCUGGAAUACCAAUGGUCAUGGUUUUACAACGUCUUCUGUGUCACCUUGUUGCUUGUUGCGUACUACUUUUUCGAUACCGGCAACGGCCAGAAGAACUCGUUCAGAAAGCAGAUGGCCGGGGACACCUCGGUUAGAAAGACCUUCCCCCAUUUGCCGUACACCGUGUUGAAGGACCCAAAGUAUAUCAAGACCAAGUACGGCUCGCUCUUGUUGACCGACGGUUGGGUCAAGUAUGCCAGAAAGGCCCACUACACCGCAGACUACUUGAUGUGUUUGACCUGGGCGCUCGUCUGUGGCUUUGCCUCGCCGUUCCCGUGGUUCUUCCCAGUAUUCUUCUUUAUCACGUUGGUGCACAGAGCGUUGAGAGACACGGCCAAGUGCGAGAAGAAGUACGGUGAGGACUGGAAGAGAUAUACUGAGGCGUGUCCGUACUUGUUUAUUCCGUAUGUGCUCUAGAGUGCGAAAUGGUUUGGAACCAGAUACGUUGUUCAUACCAUAGGGCUUGGUCUCGUGUGAUCAGACCCAAUGGGCUUCAGCUUGUCUAUCGCCUUCCACGCCACUUUAUGUGGCUAAAAUGUCUUGUGUUUAAUAAGACAAUAAUUAAAGAAUAUAAAUAUAUGAAAAAUACCUAUUUAUCGAUAUGACGCGGGUAAACGAGUACUGGGAACUGUGCGAGUCCACCCAGUGCAUUCUGGUUUAGCCAGACGUAAUCAGGUGAGGGCUCGCGCUACGGUAUAUCCAACAUAAAUUUAUUCUAAGCCUAAUCCUGCUCGGCAAUGGCAACCAAUCUCUCGUCAAUCUCGU